GGCGCGGGAGGCAGCGCCUCGCUGGGGCUCCGGAGGCGGCGGGGGCCACAGCUCCAGAUGCGGAAGCCAUGGAGUUGAGCUGCAGUGAAGCACCUCUUUACGGGCAGAUGACGGUAUAUGCGAAGUUUGGCAGCAAUGUAUACCUUCCUAAAGAUGCUGAGUUUUACUUUAUUUAUAAUGGAGCUCAUCAGAGACACAUCGUGAUGGCAGAACGUGCAGAGGACAAUGUGCUCCAGUCCAGCAUUCCAGGCCAUGGGCUCCAGGAGACGGUGACAGUGUCCGUGUGCCUCUGCUCAGAAGGUUACUCCCCAGUGACCAUGGGCUCCAGCUCAGUGACCUACGUGGACAAUAUGGCUUGCAGGCUGGCUCGUCUGCUGGUGACCCAGGCUGAUCGCCUCACAGCUGGCAGCCAUCAGACACUGCUGACUCCAUUUGCCCUGACGGUGGGGGCGUUGCCUGCCUUGGAUGAGGAACUCGUGCUGGCUCUGACCCAUCUGGAGUUGCCUCUUGGAUGGACUGUUUUGGGAAAUUCUUCACUUGAAGUAUCUUUACACAGAGAAUCUCUUCUACACCUGGCUGUGAGAUGGGGCCUUGCCAAGCUUUCCCAGUUCCUCUUGUGUCUCCCUGGGGGAGUGGAGGCCUUGGCUUUACCCAAUGAAGAGGGUGCCACCCCACUGGAUUUAGCUGUGUACUGUGGGCACUCCAAGCUGGUAGAAGACAUCACCAAUUUCCAGAGCAGGCGAUCCCCCGGCUUCUCCCGGGUCCAGCUUAGUGAUGACGCCUUCCUGCAGUAUACUCAUUCGUCGGAGACGCUGACCCUGACCUUGAACCACACGGCGGUGCAUCUGUUGGAGGCAGAUAUUAAACUCUUCAGGAAAUACUUUUGGGACAGAGCCUUUCUUGUCAAGGCUCUUGAAGGACAAGAAGCCAAGCCAGAGGAAAUACCAGAUAUGCCCUCCAGUGCUGCAGAAACCGAGGAAGAGAUUAAGAAUCUGGUGUCCAGUAGAUCACUGCCUGAAAAAGAAGAUGUAAAGUGUGUAGAAAACCUGGCAGUGCAACUGAGCGAGCAUGAAGAGCAGGACAGUCUAGAUUCCGAUCGCUCCUGUGAUGUCCUAAAAAAAUCCAAGCAUCCGCCCACAUUCCUUGCCACUGGCCAGAUUUCUGAUGUGCUGAAUGGUGGCGAUGAAGUCUAUGCUAACUGUAUGGUUAUAGAUCAGGUUGGUGACUUGGAUAUUAACUAUAUUAAUAUAGAGGGCAUCUCUACAAACUCCUGCCCUGAAUCCAUGGGUUCUACCCUGGGGCCUCAGAGCUGCAAGCACAUCCUUCCUACUGAAGCCCACCCUGGCAUGUACCCACUAAGUGAGAAUAAGAAAGUGACAUCAAACACUGAGGCCCAACAGCUGUUCACGUCACCAUCUAGUUCAUACGCUUCCGAUUUGAAUCUAUCUUUUGGUCUUCAUGGAUUUAAAAAGGAACAAAGUCAGCUGAAGAAAAGAAGUUCUAGCCUUGAUGCCCUGGACGCCGACAGCGAAGGGGAAGGGCAGCCGGAGCAGCCACACCUUUGUUACACCCCAGGGUUGCAGAAUUCCUCCAGAACUGGGAUUCCUAGUGGGGAUGAACUGGAUUCUUUUGAGACCACCAAUGAGCCAGACUUUAAUAUCUCCAGGACCGAGUCACUUUCUUUAUCAAGUAACCUGCAGUCGAAGGAAUCAUUACUUUCUGGAGUCCGCUCACGUUCUUAUUCAUGCUCAUCACCCAAAAUUUCCUUGGGAAAAUCUCGGUUGGUGCGUGAUUUUACAGUGUGCAAUUCAAGUGAAGAUGGUGUUCUCCACAGUGGCCGUUCCCUUCUUCAGUCUCUUUCACUGUCUAAAUCAGUGUCUCUGCUCCAUCCCCGGAAGCAAAGAGCAUACAGCUUACCGGAACCCCCAGGAGAAAAAAGAAUUCAGGAGGAAGAAUGGGAUAAAUACAUCAUACCUGCCAAAGCAGACUCUGAAAAAUACAAAGUGAGCCGAACUUUCAGCUUCCUCAUGAAUAGGAUGACUAGUCCUCGGAAUAAAUCUAAGACAAAAAACAAGGAUGCCAAAGACAAAGAGAAACUGAGUCGACAUCAGUUCAUCCCUGGAAUGUUCUCUGGAGUUGUACAGUGUCUGGUUUGUGAUAAAACACUCCUGGGAAAAGAAUCACUCCAGUGCUCCAACUGUAAUGCAAAUGUACAUAAGGGCUGUAAAGAGACUGCACCUCCAUGUACCAAGAAAUUCCAAGAGAAGUAUAACAAGAACAAGCCGCAGACCAUCCUUGGAAAUUCUUCAUUUAGAGAGGUCCCACCGGCUGGUAUCUCCCUGCACCCUUCUUCUUCCAUGCCCAUUGGAUUACCGGCUGGGAGGAAGGAAUCUGCGGGCCUGGUCCCUCCCAUGUCCAGAAGCGUUCCAGGUACCACCUUGGAAAGCUUCAGGAGGUCUGGGAUGUCUGUGGAGUCUGAGAGUGACACAAACAACUGGAGGAGCAGGUCUCAUUCCGAUGAGCUGUUACAGUCGAUGGGCUCCUCUCCCUCCACGGAGUCUUUCUCAAUGGAAGAUGUUGUGGAUUCUUCUCUGUGGAGUGACCUCAGCAGUGAUGCCCAGGAGUUUGAAGCAGAAUCUUGGAGUCUUGUGGUGGACCCUUCAUUUUGCAGUAGGCAGGAGAAGGAUGUCAUCAAAAGACAGGAUGUCAUUUUUGAACUAAUGCAAACAGAACUGCAUCACAUCCAGACCCUGUUCAUCAUGUCUGAGAUCUUCAGGAAAGGGAUGAAGGAGGAGCUGCAGCUUGACCACAGCACUGUGGAUAAAAUCUUUCCCUGUUUAGAUGAGUUACUUGAAAUCCAUCGGCAUUUCUUUUAUAGCAUGAAAGAACGAAGGCAGGAAUCCUGUGCUGGCAGUGACAGAAACUUCAUCAUCAAUCGAAUUGGAGAUAUAUUAGUACAACAGUUUUCAGAAGAAAAUGCAAAUAAAAUGAAGAAAAUAUAUGGAGAAUUCUGUAGCCACCAUAAAGAAGCAGUCAGCCUCUUUAAAGAACUUCAGCAAAAUAAAAAAUUUCAAAAUUUUAUUAAGCUCCGAAACAGCAAUCUUUUGGCUCGACGCCGAGGAAUUCCAGAGUGUAUUCUUCUGGUCACUCAGCGCAUCACAAAAUAUCCUGUCUUGGUGGAAAGGAUAUUGCAGUACACAAAGGAAAGAACUGAAGAACAUAAAGACUUAUGCAAAGCCCUUGGCUUAAUUAAGGACAUGAUUGCAGCCGUGGAUUUGAAAGUCAGUGAAUAUGAGAAAAACCAAAAAUGGCUUGAGAUUCUAAAUAAGAUUGAAAACAAAACGUAUACAAAGCUCAAAAACGGCCAUGUGUUCAGAAAGCAGACGCUGAUAAGUAAAGAAAGGACUCUGUUAUAUGAUGGGCUUGUUUAUUGGAAAACUGCUACGGGUCGUUUCAAAGAUAUUCUAGCUCUACUUCUAACCGAUGUGCUGCUCUUUUUGCAAGAGAAAGACCAGAAAUACAUCUUUGCAGCUGUUGAUCAGAAGCCAUCCGUUAUUUCCCUUCAGAAGCUGAUUGCUAGAGAAGUUGCUAAUGAGGAGAGAGGAAUGUUUCUCAUCAGUGCCUCAUCUGCUGGUCCUGAGAUGUAUGAAAUUCAUACUAAUUCCAAGGAGGAACGAAAUAAUUGGAUGAGACGGAUCCAGCAGGCAGUAGAAAGUUGCCCAGAAGAAGAAGGGGGAAGGACAAGUGAAUAUGAUGAGGAGAGGCGGAAAGCUGAAGCAAGAGUGGCCAAAAUUCACCAAUGUCAAGAAAUACUCAGUAACCAAGACCAACAGAUUUGCACAUAUUUGGAGGAGAAGUUGCAUAUCUAUGCUGAACUUGGAGAAAUGAGUGGGUUUGAGGAUGUCCAUCUAGAGCCCCACCUCCUCAUUAAGCCCGAUCCGGGAGAGCCUCCCCAGGCGGCCUCAUUACUGGCCGCAGCACUGAAAGAAGCGGAGAGUCUGCAGGUCGCAGUGAAGGCCUCCCAGGUGGGUGAUGCAUGUCCGGCGCCUGAGGAAGACGGUGGCGAAUCUGCCUCAACAGACCCGCUUCAUUCUCUGGAGGCUCCGGGAUCCCCCACCCCUUCACUAGUCACAGAAGGGGCAGAAGGAAGAGGCUGUUGGGAUGUGGAUCCCGGGACCCAGGGUGUGGGAACCGACCUGGCGGUCUCUGAUGCAGGGGAGAAGGUGGAAUAUAGAAAUUUUCCAGUCUCUUCACACUCAGAGAUUAUACAAGCAAUUCAGAAUUUGACCCGUCUCUUAUACAGCCUUCAGGCGGCCUUGACCAUCCAGGACAGCCACAUUGAGAUCCACAGGCUGGUCCUCCAGCAGCAGGAGAGCCCAUCCUCCAUUCCCUCUUUCCGAGGGAGCCCCUUCCAGGACCUGGAGAAGCGGCGGGAGGAGCUGGCCAACAUCCACAAGCUCCAGCAUCAGUUGCAGCAGGACCAGCGUCGCUGGCACCGCAGGUGUGACCAGCAGCAGCGGGAGCAGGAGGCCAGGGCGAGCUGGCUGCAGGAGCGCGAGCGGGAGUGCCGGGCGCAGGAGGAGCUGCUGCUCAGGAACCGCGGGGAACUGGACCAGCAGCUGCAGGAGUACCAGCAGAACCUGGAGCGGCUGAGGGAGGGCCAGCGCCUGGUGGAGCGGGAGAGGCAGCGGAUGCAGGCCCAGCAGAAGCUGCUGUGCAGCUGGAAACACAGCCGGCAGAGUAGCCUUCCCGCAGCAUUUUCGCCAGGAAGCAAGGAGGUAAUGGAGCUUAAUCGAUCUGAGAGUUUAUGUCAUCAAAAUUCAUUCUUCAUCAAUGAAGCUUUAGUACAAAUGUCACUUAACACUUUCAGCAGACCGACUCCACCAGGUAUCCAUCAGGAUGUCACUUACCCCCUAAAUAUUUCUGAUUCUGAAUCGGUAAGGACUAGUCAAAGCCAAGCAGACCUUGAAAUGGAAGCCGCUCAGCCCUCCGAUGUCAGCCCUGAACUGUGUACAGCUGUUGGGUCCUGCCACGAGAUCCCGCCUCCCCACCGAAGCACCAAGGAUGCUUGGAAAAAUGAUCUGGACACCUUUCCACCUGCGGACCCACCCCUCCUCGACUCACAUUCUCACCGCCCUUCACCGCAGACAUCUAUAGCAGAAGCAGAGCUCAAUUUAAAGACAGUGAGCAGACAAGAUGAGCAGGCUGGAGAUGGAGCCGAAGAAAAUAUUGUUUACCUCUAACUCUGUUAUUUUUCCAAACAAAACUCUGGCACUUUGGGGAGCAACUUUUUUCCUUUCCUGAUAUAUGUGUGUCGGUGUCCAAAUUGCUUUAAGAGUAAUAUUUAAUAUUUCCUGCAAGGUCAUUUUGGAGGCAUGACUAAUAAUUAAAUUAUUGAGAGCAGCUCUGUUUGUUUAAUAAUAACUUACCACACCUAAUUUCAGAUUUCUGGAAGGGAAAUGAAGCAGAAGUAUUUAAAAGAUUUUAUGACUCUAAAGUAAAAUGCAUCAUACUGCUCUUUCUACUGGAUCCCCUGGCUUUGGAAAUCACUUUAAAAAUCUAGCGAAGCAAUUUGGAUGGAAAGAGUGAUGUUUAUCAUGGGCAAACUUGUCACACUCGCGGCAACAGAUUGUGGGAGUGGCCCUGGUACCCAAGAGGACCCGGAGAUGUGGGCAAAUCCUUCCCUCUCGCUGUGUGUCUGACUUCUCUUUGAGGCAUCGAAAUGGUCACUCUUGGUGAUGAUCCGUCAUUCUACAACCAGCGUGUCCUGCCUGGGCCACGUACUUUGCAGACUCCCUAGCUCAGUGGUUCUAAUGCUAUGAGCUUCCAGGCCACAGGUCAGCAGCACCUGUUAACACAAGCCUGAGGCCCAGCAAGCCCCAUGUAAAUAGCAAAACUCCAGUAGAGUCAGCUGCCUUGUCUCCCCACCCAGGGCACCUGCUCCACCGCUCUGCCCCGUGGUUCAGGCAAAGGUGCUCCCCCAGUGCAGCUGGCUGCGGGGUGUGCACUCCAGAAAGCAUACCCUGCCUUCAGGGUGAUAGGCAUCUGUGUGAGAAAAUGAACCAGGAAAUGUUUUCAGCUCAUUCUUCAGAAAUAUUUGUAUAUGUUUUGGUCAGUGUCAAUAAAUAUCUUUUACCUCA